AUGAGUGAGUCCAAGGCUGAAAAGGCCGCUGCAAAGGCUCUGGCAAAGGCACUGCGUCUUUCUCACAAUAUAUGGAGCAACAAGUACUUUGCCAUCGCCAUUGGUGCGAUUAUGGCUCUUUUCGUUGUAUUUCACUGGUCGAUGGUGAUCUACUUUCAUUAUGGUCCCAGAAACAGUCAUCCUACGUUGGCUCGCAAGUAUAGGGAAGCCCGACGCGUUCUCUCUAGUUCAACCGUCGGCCUGAGAACAGAUCGGUCUAUUCUAUACAUCAUCUACUGGUCUAUCAACCUGAUUCUUACUGUAACCAACGUUGACCUUACACUGCUCACCGAUGUUGGCAAACGGCUCGGUUGGAUCUCGAUCGCAAACCUGGUGCUAUUGGUUUUCUUGGCGUUGAAAAACACACCGCUUGCACCAUUGGCCGCCACAUCCUAUGAAAAGCUUCGCCCGCUCCACAAGGUGGCCGGUUACACCUGCAUAUUCACAAGCUGCGUGCAUGCUGCAGUGUACCUAAGUGCCUGGUCACUGAAGGGUAAUCUUGGAGACAUGGCCGAAGCCGCAAAUUUCUCUGGUGCCAUUGCAGGCACGGCGAUGGUCAUUAUCGGCAUAUCUACAAUUACCUACUUCAUGCACGGCUACUAUGAGAUCUUCUACCUACUACAUGUCGUCAUGUUCAUCUUGAUCAUGAUCACAGUUGGAAUGCACCGUCCAAAAUUCUCGACCUCAACGCUGAUCAUCGUGAUCUUUACUGCCAGCCUUUGGACGCUGGAUCGUAUAAUCCGCGGCGCAAAGUUGGCUUGGAAUUUCUUUGGAAACCAUGCAACUAUCACUGCGUUGCCCGACAAAGCGCUUCGAGUGAAACUCAGUCGCCGCUUGAAUUGUACUGCUGGAUCUCAUGCAUUCUUGUGGGUGCCCGCCAUCCGGUGGACUGAAAGUCACCCGUUUACUCUAUUGUCACCGAACCCGACCGAGUUUGUCAUUCGAGUAUACGAUGGCUUUACAAGGGACUUGUACAAGAUCGCCCAACAGACGCCAGGGAAAGCUUUGCGUUGCUCCGUAGACGGUGGAUAUGGCCAAGUUCCCAAUUUCAAGGUAUUUGACAGGGUUCUGCUUGUUGCUGGUGGCAGUGGUGCUAGUUUCACCUUUGCAAUUGCACUAGAUCUAAUUCAAACAUCAACGAAAUCGGUCAAGGCCAUUGACUUCAUUUGGAUAGUGAGGGAAACUGACUCACUUGAAUGGUUCUCUCAAGAGGUCAAGCAGCUUGAGAGCCACCCGAGUGUCAAUGUACUCAUUCACGUCACCCGCGCAACUGACUUGUCUGGUGCAUCCUUGUCCAACACACCGGAAUCUUAUUCUGAAAAGUCCUCGGUGAAAGACAGCAGUCUACCAAUAGAGCCUUCUCCACAGCCAUCUCCAAUACAUGACAUUGAGAAGAGUGCGGUGGAACUGACUACAAAGACCACGCCAUCUAUAAAUGAGAUCCGGCCGGGAAGGCCCAAUAUUGGAAAAGUUAUCGCAGAUGCGGUCGCUUCAAGCAAAACCGACGACCGCAUCAUUAUCGGCGCUUGCGGUCCUAGUCAACUGAUGAGUGCGCUUCGUGAAGCGGCUUUCUGUGAUUCGUACCACGACGGACCUUCGUUGACACUGUACACUGAGGAGUUCCAAUGGUGA